AUGCCUGGUUGGUUGUUCAACAUAAGUAGCCUCGAGUACCUCAAUCUCCAUGAUAAUUUUAUUAAUUCGACGAUACCUGGUUGGUUGUUCAACAUAAGUAGCCUCGAGUACCUUGAUCUCGGCUUUAAUAUUUUUCGGGGCAUCAUUCUGCCUGCAAUUAAGAAUCUAGCUUCGCUCAAGACCCUUGAUCUAUCUGGUAAUCAGUUUCUUGAAGGCAAAAUUCCGGUUGAACUUGGGGAGCUAUGUAAGCUACAGUAUUUGGGAUUGUCAUACAUUAAUAUCAGCAAAAAUUUGCUUGAAUUUGAAGAAGUGUUUUCUGGAUGCAUCAAAAAUAAUUUAGAAACUCUGUACAUGUGGAACACCCAGCUCGGCGGUUAUUUGCCGGACUGGUUGGGAGACUUCAGAAAGCUCAAAUAUCUCGAUUUGAGUGGCAACUCAAUUUCUGGUCAUAUUCCUGCAUCACUUGGAAGACUUGCAGAGUUAGUUGGGUUAUACCUCGAAGAGAACUUUUUGAAGGGUGUGAUGUCUGAAGAGCAGUUUGCCAAUUUCACCAAACUAAAAAUUCUAGCUUUAUCACAAAAUCAAUUAAUUCUGAAUCUGACGUCUGAUUGGAUUCCCCCUUUUCAGCUUCGGAUGUUAGCUAUUGGUUCUUGCAAGGUGGGACCACGAUUCCCAGCAUGGCUCCGGAUGCUAAAAAACAUUACCUAUUUAGACAUGUCUAGCACAGGAAUUUCAGACGCUAUACCAGAUUGGUUUUGGAGGUCAUUUUCCCAGAUAUGGUACUUAGAUAUCUCCAGCAAUGGAAUCACCGAUAGUGUACCCGAUCUUACAAACUUCAUCAAUCUUGAUUAUUUUAAUUUGAGUUCUAACCACUUUGAAGGACCUUUGCCAAAUUUUAAUUUUUCUAUAUUGUCCGUACUAGACCUAUCAAACAAUUCAUUUUCAGGAGCGGUUCAUCUUGACAUUGGCAAAAGUAUGCCUAAUUCGGAAUAUCUCUCUCUUUCCACAAAUAAUUUAAGUGGUGAAAUUCCCUCGUUUAUUUGUCAUCUUCAAUAUUCCGCUCUUGAUCUUUCAAAAAAUCUAUUGUCGGGUGAGCUCCCUGAUUGCUGGAACCACUCUUCUCUUAUCAUUGUUAUGGAUUUUUCAAGCAAUAGUCUAUCUGGAAGUAUUCCUCCAUCAAUCUGUUCAUUAUCUUUUCUUGAGUCAUUGCAUUUGAGUAAUAAUAAUCUUUCAGGAGAACUCCCUUUAUCCUUGAAGAGUUGUGCGAGAUUAACUACUCUUGAUCUUGGACAGAAUGGAUUCAUUGGUACAAUACCUACUUGGAUAGGAGAAAGUUUGUCAUCCUUGAAGAUCCUUCGCUUACGAUCAAAUAAGCUUGUUGGAAAUAUUCCUCAUAAUCUAUCAAGACUAAGUGCUCUUCAAAUCUUAGAUCUGGCUAGCAACAAUUUAUCAGGAACCAUCCCUUCUAGCUUUGGAAACUUUACUGCCAUGAAAGUGUUGGGGGAGAUGAAUGAAACCAUCUUAAAAAAUUCUACUGAUUAUAAUGAAAACAUGCAAGUGACCAUAAAAGGAAAAUAUAUUGAGUAUGCCAUAUUACUUCCACUUGUGAUUGUUAUGGACCUUUCAAAUAAUAACUUAUCUGGAAUGAUUCCAGAAGAACUAACCAACCUUUUUGGACUCGUGAGCUUAAACUUAUCUGGAAAUCAUUUGACAGGAGAGAUCACUGAAAAGAUUGGUGCAUUGCAACAGUUGGAGUCACUUGACUUAGCAAAAAAUAAUCUUUUCGGUAGAAUUCCUUCAAGCAUGGUUGGUCUAACUUUUUUGAGUUACUUGAACUUGUCAUAUAACAAUCUAUUGGGAAGAGUUCCAAUAGAUAAUCAGUUUCAAACUUUCAUUGAUCCAUCUAUCUAUAUUGGUAAUCCUGAUCUUUGCGGGUUCCCAUUGAGUCAAAAGUGCAAAGAUGACAAGACAAACCAAGGUCCAAAUGCUGUUGGAGGGGAUGAACAAAAUGAUGAUUCCAUGGAUAAAGAAAGAUUUAAAAUGAAGUGGAAUAUGAGCACUGGAGCAGGAUUCGCUCAGCUGAAGAGAAUAUGGGAAGAGAGAAAAGGAGGAAUACCUGAAUAA